UCUGGGGUGUUAUUCUGGAUAAGAUGAUUUAUUUAUUUAUUUUCCUUCUGUUCUUUUCUUUUUUAAAUCUGAUCUCUCCGAUUGGUAGAGAGGCUCUGACUCUGAAAGCGCCGCCAUGACUGGGAUCACCAGCACCGUCGGACUCAACGCCAUUCUCGCCGGAGUCACCAAAACGGCUACGCAUCAUCGGCCGUCCUCUGUUAAGUCUAAGCUCUUUGGUGUCAGACUCUAUCUAGCCGAACUGUCAAUUGUUUCUCACUCCCCUUAUCAUCGUCGUUGCCCCGUCAUCACCUGCCGUUACGGAGGCGGUGGUGGCGGCAGCGGAGGUGCUAGAUUUCCGGGAGAUAGGAGAGGUAGGCAAAAACAAUCAGAGGAUGAUGAUGCGCUUGAUAUCUCAGCUAUCAGGUCAGCCACUGUAAGGCUUAUUGAUGAUCAGCAGAACAUGAUUGGUGUAGUUUCAAAAGAUGAAGCGGUUCGAAGAGCUGAAGAAGCUGAGCUUGAUCUGGUGAUUCUUUCGCCGGAUGCAGAUCCUCCGGUUGUCAAAAUGAUGGAUUACAGUAAAUACAGAUACGAACAGCAAAAGAGGAAAAAGGAACAGCAAAAAAAAACUACUCGCAUGGACUUGAAGGAGCUUAAAAUGGGAUAUAACAUCGAUCAGCAUGACUAUUCUGUACGCAUGAGAGCAGCUCGAAAAUUCUUGCAAGAUGGUGACAAGGUUAAAGUGAUUGUGAACAUGAAAGGCCGGGAAAACGAGUUUAGAAAUAUUGCUAUUGAGCUCCUUAGACGAUUUCAGACUGAAAUAGGAGAGCUUGCAACUGAGGAGAGCAAAAACUUCCGGGACAGAAAUUUGUUUAUCACCUUGGUGCCAAACAAGGAACUUAUUCGGAAAGUGCAAGAACCACCCCCAAAAAAGAAGAAAAGGCCAGCGGAUGAUGAAGUUUCAGCGGCAGGUAUAACCACAACGCAAGAUAUAUGAUGCACAAUUGUCUGAUAUCAAAUUAAUCACCAAGGAUUGGAGAGCUAGACAUAAUAAAUGUCUGAGAUAUGAUAUCUGUUAAAUGUUCAGGGAGUUUGGUAAAUUUCUGUAUAGUUCUUUUUCUACUAUGCUGCUUGUAUUAGCCAUGUAUCUGUAACCAUAGAAAUAGAUUAUAUGAAUGAAGAUCUUCCUCAACUUUUUCGUAUA